AUGGUAUACUUGAGAGACAGGACAUCCCUAUGGCAACGAAAGGCAACGAAUCUUGAAUUAAGUCUAACCCUAAGCCGAUUAAAAUUCUGGUUGAAUCGGAUUAUGGACAUGGCACUGUCACCCUGGGGGUACAUCAAGGAUUACUUCGAUGCAAUACUACAUUUCUUUCGCCAUUUGCUUGUUCAGGCUAAGCCCGAAAAAAGUAGGCGUGACGUCAUGGCCAGGGUGACAAACUUGUGGUCAUUUUGCGCACUGGUAUUGAGCGCGUGCUUCCAAACCGGUAUCCUAUCGUCGAUUGUGACACAACACGUCUAUACGACCAAUACGUUGGACGAGGUGUUGGAGUCCAAGCAGAGGGUGAUCGUCGCCAACGAGUCCAACGUGUGGUGGGAUAUCAAGAACUACUUCGACUGGAACUCCACUCUUAAUGAGUAUUUGCUGAAAUUAGUCCAAAAGAACAGGGUCGAUUAUAUUGACAAUAACAUUGACGAGGUUGCCAUGAAGGAACAUUUGCGGACAAUAUCGGAUAGAAAGGCAGUAUUCCUGAAGGACGGCGCCUCCAUAUUUAACCGAAAGCGCCAAAACUUAGAACUAUUACUAGAAACAGGAAGUGAAAUGUAUUCACCGAUACUACUGGGCCACCCGGUGCGAUGGGAUAAACUUGAAAAUUCAGACUACAGGCCACCACUGCCACAGAAUCGCGAAAUUUUACUUAAAAUUAACGAUUUGUUUGAUACAAAUAGUCUGAAAAUUAUGAUCGAAAGUGGGAUUCAUGUGAUAAGUCAAAGGAGGCGUGAGAUGUUUGAGCUAAAUAUGGGUCACCGGUCGUUGGAAAGGGAACUAAAAAUUAUGAAUAAGUAUACGAAGAGGUAUGAGGACAGGGAGUUGAGUGGACAGGAAGACAAGCAAAUCGCACUGAAUAUGGACCUGGCACUAACACCCUGGGGAAUUGAUGAUAAUUUAUUAACAUUUGCCCGUGCUCAGUGGUAUACCGAUGAGUAUAAUACAGUUAUAUUAAGCGACAAUAAGCUUCAUGCAAAUAAAGGAAACAAAAGCCUGCUAGGCAUAUUGUGGCAUUUAUGUAGGAACUGUGGUCAAUGUAAAUCAAUGUACGGCCAGUACUUUUUGGGCCAACAGUGCGCUCAGCACUGUAUCGACCACAAGGAGCUACUGAUGACCGGUGAGCUACAGGUGCCCGACUGUAAUGCCCCGCAUUCUAUACUUCCAUACAUACGGAAGUUAAUGGAUGAUACAGAUGCCAAAAAUGAUAUCAUUUAAUACAUACAUUUAUUAAUCAUUAUUUUAACAUAACAUAUUAUAUCAAUAUAUUACACUAUAAUAUAAAUCUAUAUUAUCAUUAAGUAAACAG